AUGUCAGAAACACACCAGCAAGAUGAAAAAUCCUCUCAAAAAGGCAUUUUAAAACCACCAAAACAGAAAAUUAAACAAAAAACUUUCCAAUGGGAUGAAGUUAACAUCAUGGCCACAUACCACCCUGCUGACAAAACAUAUGGUCACAUGAAAAUUGAGGAACCGAAAACUCCUUUCGUUUUUGAGAAUACAGAUGGUGGUACCAACUCAUAUGGAGCUUCCUUCUCAGCUGAAGAGUUAGCAGCGCGGCUGGCAGCAGCUGCUGAAAAUGAAAAUUCGCCGACGCGGGCAGCAAUGGAGCUAGAACUCCUGGAUCCCGAGGAAGCAGCACAUCAGAAGGCGUUCCGGGAGAAACGUAAAGCACACUAUAACGAAUUCCUCGCGGCCAAAAUGGCUAACGAACGGUUGGAAAAUGCCGAAGAUACUGAUGAAGAUGAUGAACUGGACAGGGCAGCCGAAGAAGCCGCGCGUAAUGCCCGCUUAAAUGCCGAGAUGUCACGUGCGGCUCGAGCUGCCCAACGAGAAGCCAGUCCAUCCAGUCCGGCUCGGAACUCACCUCACGAUAACAGAGCGGGACGACCCCGUUAA